UGGCAGUUGCCUUAAGACGUGCAGCCCGGGCCACAGCCACUAGUGCUCUCUGACCCAGGUCCACUGCAGGCGGCAGCAGCAGCCCCAGCCGGUGCAGCAGCAUGGAGCUUUGGGGGCCCUACUUGCUCCUCUGCCUCUUCUCCCUCCUGACCCAGGUCACUGCUGAGACACCCACCUCCAAGGUCAAGAAGGCUGCAAAUGUUAAGAAAGAUGCCGUGAGCCCGAAGAUGCUUGAGGAGCUCAAGACCCAGCUGGACAGCCUGGCCCAGGAGGUGGCCCUGCUGAAAGAGCAGCAGGCCCUGCAGACGGUCUGCCUGAAGGGUACCAAGGUGCAUAUGAAGUGCUUUCUGGCCUUCGUCCAGGCGAAGACCUUCCACGAGGCGAGCGAGGACUGCAUCUCGCGAGGGGGCACCCUAGGCACCCCACAUACGGGCUCCGAGAACGACGCCCUGUACGAGUACCUGAGCCAGAGUGUGGGCAGCGAGGCCGAGGUCUGGCUGGGCUUCAACGACAUGGCGGCCGAAGGCGCCUGGGUGGACAUGACUGGCGGCCAUAUCACCUACAAGAACUGGGAGACAGAGAUCACCGCACAGCCCGACGGCGGCAAGGUCGAGAACUGCGCUGCCCUGGCCGGUGCGGCCAACGGCAAGUGGUUCGACAAGCGCUGCCGGGACAACUUGCCCUACGUCUGCCAGUUCGCCGUCGUCUAGCGGGCCGAUAGGGGCGGGGG